AUGGGGACGGCGGCGCGCCGCGCCGUCUCAACUCCACUCGCGGCGUCGUGCCGAUCUGCCGGGCACCGCCCCUGCGUCCCAUCGGCGCCGCGGGGCCUGCCGGGCCGCGGGCUCGGCGGAUCGCGACGGCCGUCGGCCGUCGGCCAUCCGAAUCCUUCGCGCGGUUCCAUCCACGCCUCUCCCAGCACGAGGCUACCUGCCACCUCUCAAGACCAAUUCAUCGAGGUCGAUGAGGGUUUCAGCCUGGCAAAGAUCUCCUUCGGAUCAGUGCUCUGGCCCAUCGGCGUGGGCCUCCUUGUGUACGGCUUUGGCUCCUUCUUCAGCUUCCUGCCGGGGGCCGACAUCUCGUCGCUGAUCCUGAUCUAUGGCUUCCCGCUGAUGCUUCUGGGGUUUGCCUUCAAGUACGCAGAGUUGAAGCCUGUGGAGUGCAAGACGACGGCCGCUGCACUGAAGCUGCGGGACAGUCAGAUGACGGAUAUACAGAAACAGGUGCGGGAGGACGUCACGCGUUACAGGUACGGAGAUGAGGUCCACCUGGGCGAGUCCCUGGACCGCAUCUUCAGGAUCGGCCAGGCAGGCGGCAUCCCCCGCGGCGCCUGCCCCAAGCUCACCGGCCUGCGGGAGCAGGCAGUGGACGGCCAGUACACCCUGGUGCUGGAGUUCGUGUCUGAGCUGGGCGAGGAGGCGUGGACGAGCCGGGAGGACAAGUUCCAAUCGUUCUUCGGGCCGGGCAUCACCGCGUCGGUGGACUUCCGGGAGGGUGGCCGCGCUGAGGUGGCCCUGAGGUGCGACGGCUCGGGCCAGGGCCGCGGCGGGGGGCAGAAGAAGGACGUCAUGCCGCCGCUCAUGCCGGGGCUGCAGCCGCGGGAGGAGAAGUAG